CAUGGACAGAGAAGACCGUAGACGAUUCUUUGUUAUUGGGUCUGUGUUUCUAGAAGUUGUGACUCCUGUGUUUAGAAGACAACUAGAAAAGAACUAUUCUAAAGCUGCAUUCAGUUGCUUGCAUGAUUUCAUAAACAACCAACCUGUAGUUCACACUUUGUUCCAUUUAAAUCACAGAUAUACAUGGUAUUGCUGUGUUGAUAGCACAAACUGUAUUGCCAGACAAAAACUUCCACUAAACAACUAUCAAUGGAACCUAUUGUAUACAGAGAAUCCUGGACCAGGUAAACACCACUGUCACUGUAAAUAUACAGCUAAACCUGUCCAACUUGAUGACCUUGAUAUCACCUUGAUGGCACUCAUCCUUGUCAACUGCUUCACCUUGAGACCAGCUGAAGAGCAGGCAGUCAGGUCUCUUAGGCAGUACAAAAAUGAUUAUCUUAGUCAUAACACAAACGGCGGUAUAACUGAACCAAAGUACAACUCACUGUGGCCAGAUCUGACAUAUCAUAUCCUUCAGCUUGACCCCUCCAGACAGAGUGACCUUGAUGAAAUGAAGAACAGACCUCUUGAUGAACAACUGUGUAAACAAUACUACAUACACCUGUCAGAUUUAAACAAGAGAUUUGAGGAGUUUGAAGUUUACCUCAAAGAGACAAAUACGUCUGUACAAGGGAUGAGAACGGAUGUCAAUGGCAUUAGUACUGCAUUACAGGGUAUAGGAGGGAAUAUUCAUGGAAUAGAUAGAUCAGUACAAGCGGUAAACAACAGACUUCAAUGCAUUGAUGGAUCAGUACAAUUGGUUAACACUACCGUACAAGGCAUGGGUGGAUCAGUACAAGGGAUAACGACCACUCUUCAAGAAAUGAACUCAUCUAUACAAACAGCUGUUCAAGAAAUUCCUCUGAUAAAUGAUGCAUUACAGAAACUUCUAUGUUAUGCUGAAAAACGAGAACCAAGAGAAAAUAUUGAUAUCCAUAGACAAGAAAGAAAAUCCUACAUACUAGGACAAGAUAUUUUCUAUCAACAUCAUCAAUUUACUAUAGAAUCAAGCUUUUUUUACUUCUAUAACAAAGCUGUGAUUACAGAUGAUGGACAUAUAGCUUAUACACGAUUUGGGAUUAAUACUGUAGAGAUUCAUAAUACAGAUGGUGCACGUUUUGGUCGAAUACACCUACAUGGUCAGCCAUUUGAUAUUACUGUAGUCAAAAACUCUACAGUAGCUGUUACACUACCUUACAGUAUAGACAUAUUGGAUAUAAACAAUAAACAGAAAGUGAAAUCAAUACAAUUAUCUACAGAGUGUCGUGGCAUCACAACAAUAAACAACAAGUUAGUAGUAGGCUGUCCUGGAAGGUUGUUGAUCAUAGAUCCUCAGACAGAAAAGGUGGAGAAGAGCAUUGAUACUUAUGGUUGUUAUCCUAUGAGAUUGUGUGGUUCUGGUGAUGGUAUAUUUUACGGAAAUGGUUUAAAUCAUUACCUGUACCAUUACAAUCACUCUAAUAACAAGAUUUCCCAUAUAGAGUUAAAAGCAAGGGUCAGUUGUAUGACGAUACUAAAAGACGGUAGUGUGUAUGUGCUUUGUAAGGAUGGACCAGUGCAUGUAUCAUCUGAUGGAAAGGAGUACAAAAAAGUUACUAUAAAGGGACUAACAUCGCUGAUAUGGACAAGUGGAAUAAGUUAUAAUCCUGUACAAAAGAAACUGGCCAUUUUUAAUGAAGACGCAAUUUCAGUGUUUAAUGAAUACUAAUAAAUAGAAUAUUUU